GAUCUCUACAUCAUAAACUGUAAUUAUUCAAUUAUCUAUUGUGUGUUUGAUGGUACUAAAACGACCUUCUGGCCAACGGGAAGAGGAUGAUUAUGAAGCUAAUCAUCAAGCCAAACAAAGAUUCGCCUCCUCAAAUUUUGUUAGAAAUGUAAUGCAAGGAAUUUCAUCACAAGAAUUUGCAUCAUCAUUGGAACCAUUCAUUCGAGGAUGGGUCCGAGAAGAGGUGCAACGUGCAUGUCACAGCUUUUGUUGUUCAUCACCAAGAUCACCAUUUAACGCGUUUGAACGAUGUGAGUCAUCAUCGCUGCAACUUCGUUUCCAAACGAAGUUGCCUCAAAUGUUGUUCACGGGUAGCAGGGUGGAAUCGGAGGAUAAUUCUCCUGUCAGAUUAGUCCUAUUUGACACCGAUUCCAAUAAAAUUGUAACAUCUGGACCUUAUUCUUCAUUAAAGAUCCAAAUCGUUCCACUUGAUGGCGAUUUUUGUUACGAUGAAGAAGAAGAUUGGUCUCAAAAGGAUUUUGAGGCCAAAAUUAUACAAGCAAGAGAUGGAAAACGGCCGCUAGUCGCCGGAGAUUUGGUGGUGGUUUUGAAAGAUGGAAUUGGGGAUCUUGGUGAAGUUUAUUUCACUGAUAAUUCCAGUUGGAGAAGGAAUCGGACAUUCCGGAUAGGUGCAGUAGCUAAUUCCGGAGUUAGAAUCAGAGAAGCGAGAAGUGAUGCUUUUGUAGUGAAAGAUCAUCGUGGAGAAUCAUACAAGAAACACCAUCCUCCAUGUUUGAGUGAUGAUGUAUGGAGAUUGGAGAAAAUAGCAAAAGAUGGAGCUUUUCAUAAGCGAUUAGGGGUGAAUAGAAUACGAACAGUGAAGGAUUUUUUACAAAUGUAUGUUGCUAAUGAAUCCUCGUUACGCAAGAUACUUGGUGGAUCAUGUAACAAGACAUGGGAAACGAUUAUCAAGCAUGCUAAAGCUUGUGUUCUAGACGAUAAGCUUUAUAUGUAUGAGGUAGAUGGGAUCGGACUUUUGUUCAAUUCCGUUUUCACGGUGGUCGGAGCAACCUUCGACGGCCAAAACUAUCUCCCCCUCGAAAAACUCGCCGGAAUUCAAAUGUCUCUAGUGGAAUCAUUAAAGCAGCAAUUUCAUAAGAGUUUGGAUCGGAUGUUACCGAUUGAGGAUGUUUCGGUUUUUGGACCGGCGAUCCUAACAUCCAGUUUUACAGAUCUCCCGCAAAUGCAGCUGACUUUACCUUAUGAAUUCGAGAACAACAAUCAAUCGGAAGUUCAUUCUUCGAUGCAAUUGUUUUCUCCGAAUGUAAGGAACAACUUUAUACUAAGAGAAUUUAGCGGCGAAUUUAGCAACGGACCUUAUGGUGAAGGAUGUAGCUCCGGGCCAAGUACGCUCUCCGGUCAGGCGGCCGGUGACUAUGAUUUUCAAUUUGGGGCUUCAUUAUGGCCAGGAAAUGAACCGCGUGAUUCUCCGUUUAACCAAAUCGUCGGCCGGAAUGGGUCGCCGACGCCGAGGGGACGGUGGUGCAAGAUUCGAGCGGCGGUGAAGUGGGUUUCGGUGAUGCGAGAUGUGACUGCCAAAAGAAUGGCGGAGAUGUAUCCGUAUCUCGAUUUCUCUUCUUAAAGAUUGGACCUUAAAUGGGCUAUUUAACAUGUUCUUUUGUUCUUUGAAUUUGUUAAUUUUUUUUUUUCUAUUUGGGUUCAAAUUUAAAUAUUGUGUGUAAAAUAUAGAUGAAAGGUCGUUAAGUACAGGUGUAAAAGCGGCUGUACCAAAGGAUGGGUAUGUUUUUGUGGCUGGAUUAGUGUCUUUACGAUCGCCACUAUUUUUACGCUUUUGUGACUUGUACAAUGUAACAUACAUAGAUCUUAGUAAUGUGGAAUAAGACUUUUCGUUUUAUGUA